AUGGGUCUGCAGAACAAGUCACAGUCAGAGCAGGUCAGUACUCUACUGUACACUAUGGGGGAGGUAACCGACGACAUCCUCACGACUUUGUCAGUCGAGGAAAGCACCACUACAUACACAGAAGUGAUAGAGGCGUUUGAUGCUCACUUUGAUGCACGCAAGAAUAUCAUUUUCGCUAGUGCAAAAUUCAACAAACACACCCAGUUACCGGGAGAGAGUGUCGAUAUAUUCAUCCAAGACUUGCACAGGUUUGCAGAUGACUGCAGCUAUGGAGCCCUCAAAGAUAAGCUCAUAAAAGACAGAAUAGUUGUCGGAGUAAAGGACGAUGACCUGUCCAAACAGCUCCAAUUGAAGCUCAAACUCACUCUCAGUGAGGCUAUACAAAUAAGCCGACAAGCUGAAGCACGAGAUGAAAGCCAGACACUCCUACGACCUCGAGUUGAGCUAGUCACAACAAAACCACACAACAUGCGUAGUGCGUCGAUUGCUUCAAGGCCUCCACACAAACCACACACUCCACACACAGGUUCCAAGAGAUCUUGUGGAUACUGUGGUCACCUCCCUAGCCACAAACGAGACGCCUGCCCUGCCAAGUCUGCAGUCUGUGGUUCCUGUGGCAAGAGAGGCCACUAUAAAGCAGUUUGCCGUAGUCACCCUAAAGUUCAGGAAGUCGCAGUCAACUCCUACCACUUAGCUGAGGUCCUAGACUUUUUAGGUUCCAUCACUGUGAACGAAGUCGACAGCUCAGAUGAGUGGUCUGCAAUCAUCAAGUUGAAUUCCGUCCAAACAAAGUUCAAGCUUGAUACUGGUGCUGCAGUCUAUCUCAUCGGAGACAGAAGGGUGGACAUAAGUCAACCUCUCAAUAGCUGCAGCAAAAUUCUAAAAGGCCCUGGUGACACAACUCUGUCUACUCUUGGCACCUUUGAGGCUGAUCUAAAGUUCACAUAA